AGGGUUACGCGUCGAUGUGAUUGAAUGCGGCCGCGUCGGCAUUACGCUGCCCUCCCUUACGCAUCUUCUCUUUCAUUAGGGUUGUAUUUUUUCGUUUCUUCUUCUUCUGACGCGCGCAACGUCUUCUUUCUGACCGUUGUUUGAUCCGCUUGUUUGUGGCUGUUGUUGUUGUCGCCGCUUUUCGAAAAAGACAGGGGCGCCUUCUCGCGUGGCGACAGGCGUUGCUCAAACGCGGCUCCUGCUGCGCCGUCAACUCGCCUCUGCGUGUUAUCAAAAAAGAAAAAAAGAGAAAGAAGUAUCCGCUGCUGUGCACACUUGAGCACGGAAUAUUCUGUGUGUGCGUGCGUGUGUGUGUGUGUUUGGUUGUGGUUGCUGGAGUGUGGGGGAGUGUGAGGGAGAAGCAACAGAAGAGACGGGCGAACUCGCUGCUUGUUUCCUCUUCUCCUUUUGAGUGAGAGGGCAGAGAAAGGGAAAGGAAAACGGUGAAUGUAUGAGUAAAAAGAGAACAGAUAUUUAUUCUUUUAUAUUUACAUAUAUAUAUUUAUAUGUGUGUAGAUCAUCUCUCCUCUCGUCCUGGCUUGCCUCUUGUGCCGACGAUUCUGUGUGCGCCCCUUCACUCUAUGUAUUUUUGAUCAUCAAAAGAAAAAAAAACCGCACGUAGCUGUUCUCCGUUAUUAGUAGUAUUAUUAUCACGCAAUUUCUUUCUACAUGUGUGUGUCUGUUGGUGAAGCAGGGUGGCUUCGUUUGUCUGUUUUGUGUUCCUUGUUGAUCUUUCAUUCCACUUCUUUCCUCUUGUAUAAAUAGUUUUACAGUUUUUUUUUGCCUCACGAACAUUUUACUUCAGCCUCCACAAAGCGAGGCAUCAACAUCUCUGCUGCAGAUCAAACCGCAUUUGUAUAGAUAUUGUGGUGGCGGUGGCGGUUCGUUUGAGGCCGCUGCUGUUCUUCUCUUCUCGUUCAUCUGCUUUCCGCUUUCAUAUAUAUAUAUAUAUAUAUAUAUAUUAUUUUCUCGCUACGGUGUUUACAGGGGCACUGCUGAAACGAGCUCGCCUGUUGUUGCUGCUCUACGCUUUUUCUCUUUCUCUCUGUUUUCUUCUCUUACUCCUGCUGCACGAAAAUCGAUUGCUCGUUCAGGGAGGACACCAAACUGUUUUUUGUUGGCGUUGGCGCUGUCGGCGUUCACAUCCUCGCCGUCGGCGUGCCAGGAGAGGCCAUCCUUUCACUCCCACUCACACACGCAUACACUCACUUCUCCCUGAGGCGGUGCUUUACCAUCUUUUUUUUUUAAUUCCUUUCUCAGAUAUUAUUGUUUUCCUUUCCAGGUGUUAACUUCACCGGUCCUGUUGUUUACUUCUACUACUGCUACUUGUUCGUCUCAUCGCCUCAUUUGCAUCGUUGUUGCUGCUGAAGUGUUAUUUGCUCUCUUCCUCGCUUAGCUGGUGUAGCCCUCGUAUUUAUUUGACUUGUAUUCUCUUUUCUUUUCUCUGUCUGCUGUGUGUGUGUGUGUGUGUGAGGGCGGGGGGAAGGCGGCAAGGUCAACGUUUCGCGUGUCUUCUUUCAUUCCCCGCCUUCCGGCUGCGGAGCUGCUCGGUUUGCUUUUGAUUGUGCCACCCUUUCCCACACCAUGGCCGAACACGCCCCGUCCGCGCCUGAGCCCACGCGGAACGCGGAGGUGGUAUCACGCCGCCCCAUGGAAGCGAAGCCGCGCCGGGAGCCCUACCGGCCAUCUUCCUCCGCUGUCCUGUCCAAUGCAUCGUCUAGCGCCAUGGCGUCCGUGCCGUCGCAGCAGCUGUUGUCGCAGACAAGCUUCACGCAGGUGGAUGUGCCCCGCUUCACCUCGGCGGCGGCGGCGACGUACGCGGCUGGUACGCCGCCCCCGCGCUCGACCACAACUUUGCCACUCCCGCACGAGGGCCUGACGACGACGACAUCCGUUGCAAUAGGACACGAGGACGCGCUACGCAGGGCAUCGGCCGCGUCCAUUGCUCGGUCGCCAACGGCCACGACAUCGGCAGACCCUCCUACGCGCUGCAGUGAUGUAGGGGUGCCCGGACCAGCAGCGCGGGAAGCAGCAGCAGCAGCAGCGGUAGGCGUCGCAGACAUACACGCCGUCGCGUCAACGACCACACCGGUGCGGUCGUCAGCGGCGGAGUCACCGACGCAGCAGCGGCGCAGCACGCUAUACAGCCUGUCAUCUGCACACCAGCUUGUUGUAUCUCCGCAGCAUCGACGCGCGAUGAGUUACGUGGCUACCUCCAGCUUCUCCACCACCGCCGCCGCCGCAGCAGCAGCAGCAGCAGCGGCGCUGACAGGUGGUGAUGCUCGACGGCAGCUGCAUGCGCGCACGUUAUCGUCUCCGAGUGGAGUGACGCCAGGGAAUGCCGCUUCUUCCGCUCCUCCACCAGCAACUACAACAACCGCAACAGUUGCAGAGGUGAAGGCGGCGCUUCCAAGUGACGGACAACCGCUGCAUAACCAGAGCUCCCUUCUCAGUUUUCGGUCUGCCAACGAGGCCGCAGCGCCGCCGAUGGGUGGCGCCUCCUUAGCUGAGGUCCUUGCCUUCUCGCCCGCUGCGACUGCCGCGGCGGGGAGCCCCAACGCUGUCCUUGUCGCGGUCGCACAUAUUAUGCAGCGGGAAUCGACACGGCAGCUGCUGUCGCGCGUUCUUCUACGUUGGUCUCUCCUUCACAAGACGCGACAGCCGCUGCACAGAAACGGCAAGAAUAACGGUGAGCGUGCGGACGACGCAGGCGGCGGUGGUGGCGGUGGUGAUGCAGGCGAGGGCAGGGCCCACUCCGUUCCGCGCGAGGUGCGAGGCGCCGCCUGCGUCUCGCGCUCCGCCUCCUCGACGCUUACGAUCGACUCGACGGUCAACGUCCACGCCAACACGAAGCGUCGGAGUGCGAGCAACGUGCGAUCCACCUCUCCGUCAGGAGAGCCGGCGGUGCCCGUGGCGUCGCCGCUGCCGCCGUGGAAGCCGAUCGCGGGCGGCGGCGUGCGCGCCGACUCGCUGUCGGUGGAGGACCGCGCCGCGGUCCGCUCCGAUGACGACGACGACGAGGUGGCGGACUCCGGCAGGGCGGAUGCCGCGGAGGAGAGGGAAAGCGUGAGAAGAUCAGCGGCAGCGUUUUUUCGCCAGCAGCGGCAACGCAGAGACGCCGAUGCCGCGUCGACAGGGAAGCCGGCGGCGGCGGGGCGGGGGUCAACGCAGGAGUCACCGCAGCCCACACAGGCACCCGUCCCAACACCGCAGCGAACAAACUCGGCGAGCGCACACGACAGCAGCAAUUUGAAUGUCAGCGGCCCUUCCUCUGUGAGCAGCACGUUUGGACAGGGCAACCUCAACACCAAUGAUAACAACAGCAAUAGUCCCACCGCGAGCUCAAACAUGACUACGCCGCGUGCACAGACUACCGCUGGCGGUGGUGGCGGUGGCGGUGGCGGUGGAGGGGAGGCUCGCCGAAAGAGUAUUGUCGCGCAGUACUUGGCUGGCAAACCGCCGGGUAACUUGUCGCCGCAGCUGCAGAGUUCCGCAACUCCGUCUUCGUACGCCAACGCGGGCCCGGCUACGAGUGGCGUGAUGGACGCGCACACGUUCUCGCUGCCCGGUGCGAUGUUCAACCCCCACUCCCGCUCCCCGUCCGGCGUCAGCAGCACCGCCUUCGCGGGUGGCGCACUGAACAGCUCCUUUCCGCGGCGGCGCAGCGAGGGCAUGUGGGGGCCCAACGCCACGACCACCGCUUUCAUGGGCGGUGCAGCCCACACCGCGGGGUUCAGUGACUCCGAAGAGCACAGCAGCUCUUCCUUGUAUUACACCCCGUGCAGCCGGCGAAGCAACGGUGUCAGCGGCACGUAUGCGUCGUUCGACGAUGACCACUGUUUAAGCAGCAGCAGCAUGUCGAUGGCCGCCAUGGCGGCCGCCUCCGCCGCGACCGCGACAUCGCCGGUUGCCCAUAGCAUUCCGCAGCUCCUCGCGCGCGAGGUGGAGAAGCGAGGCUUGCUGCUCAGCUCAGAAAGCCGUCGCCGCGGACGCAUGCAGACGGCGAUGUCGGCGCAACUGGAUCAGCUGAUCAUGAUGGCCCUCCAUCGCAGAACCGGAGAACGCGGCCUGCAUCCGUCGCUGCGCGCAUCGACCGCGCCGUCACCGAUGGCGACACCGCACUCCAUGAGCAGUGGCAGCAGCAACAGCAGCAGCGUCAGCGUCAGCGUCGGCAGCGGCAGCAGAAACGGCGACGUGGCAGGAAAUGACGUUGUGAACUACAGCUGUAGCGCUACUGAGUGCAGCGCACAGGGUCAGUGGAACGAGGGAGGCGGUAAUGCUGCUGCUGCUGCUGGUGGUGGUGUUGGUCGUCGUCGUGUUCUCCCAGUCAGUGGACCGCGCAGUUCAGGGCAGGCCUCGACGCGCAGCAGCGGCAGCAUCGGUGCAGCCGCCUUGUUGGGUGCACCGCAGCGCGCCACUACUCCUUCUCUUUCACAUCCACUGCCGCUGUCCCCGACAAGUUACACACGACCGCAUCUCUCCGUAGCGACCUCCUCGUCCUUCAUGAGCCGCCGGCUCUCACACACGAAGCGUGGCUCAGACACCGAUGACGUCAACGACAACGUUAGCGCCCCGGCAGGGGACGCGGACAGCCGCAGCGAUGCUUCUCGCGGAGACGACGACGACGCCGCGCGCAGCCCCCACCGCAUCAUCAGCAACGAGUCGUCACCUCGGCACCGGCAUCGCCGCCAACAACACCAGCACCUCCGCCCGUUACGACGUGGGACCCCGUUGGGCAGGAAUUGCGAUGCGGCAGAGGACGAACAUGAAUUUGAAGAGGACGACGACGAUGAUGAUGACGGCGCGGACACGGCGACGGUGCACAGCGAGUGCACAGUGCACGGAUUCGCGACGACACGCCAGUGGGUAGCACAGCAGAUGCCAGAGUCCACCGCCGCAGCUGCUGCAGCAGCAGCGACAAGACCGGUGUCGGAGUCCGCGAGUUUGGAUCGCUCCUUCGCGUCCACAUCGCUCUCGCAGCCGCUGACGCGGGAUUCGUCCGCCGUGCGGCGCAAGCGCAGCGUGUAA